AGGUCUUCACUUGGCUGCUGGAAGACAUCUCAUCACUCCUGAAGAAGGCAUGGAGUGGUAUGUUCUGGUGUUGAUGCUGAGCUUGCCUCCAUCCAUGCACACACGAUGCUCCUCACAGUGUCACAGAUGUUUGCAGCACCAGCUCCACACCACCACCACCACCACCACCACCUUCAGCACUCUGUGGUGUGGCGUGUUGUGUCGGGACCAGCCAGGUCCAUGUGAGGACUCUGCGGGCUGGGAAGACAACAAGCACGCGGAGGAAGACGAAGAAGAAGAAGAAGAAAAGGCGCCAAAACAAGUGGGCGCAGAGUUGAUGAAGAAGCUGGAGAAAACUCUUCUGCUUUCCUCUCGGUGGGCUGACGGCGACUUGGCCAAGACACUGGCGGAAGGAGGCGAGGAGGCGGGGGAAGAAAGCGAGGAGGCGGGGGAAGGAGGCGAGGAGGCGGGGGAAGAAAGCGAGGAGGCGGGGGAAGGAGGCGAGGAAGCGGGGGAAGAAAGCGAGGAGGCGGGGGAAGGAGGCGUCGAGGUGGGGGAAGGAGGCGAGGAGGCGGGGCUGCGUGGCUACGAGCUGGUCAAGCGCUACGGUGGCUUUUUACGCAAGUUGGGCCCCAAGUCCAGGAGAAGUGGCGGCACAGAGGCACAGCGGUGGCCCGGAGAGCUGCAGAAGUCCAGGAGAAGUGGCGGCACAGAGGCACAGCGGUGGCCCGGGGAGCUGCAGAAGUCCAGGAGAAGUGGCGGCACAGAGGCACAGCAGUGGCCCGGGGAGCUGCAGAAGUCCAGGAGAAGUGGCGGCACAGAGGCACAGCAGUGGCCCGGGGAGCUGCAGAAGUCCAGGAGAAGUGGCGGCACAGAGGCACAGCGGUGGCCCGGGGAGCUGCAGAAGCGCUACGGUGGCUUCAUGAGGAGGAUCCGCCCCAAAGUCAACAACAUCAAGUGGGACAAACGCUAUGGUGGAUUCCUGCGCAGACAUUUCAAGAUGGAGGCGCGCUCCGUCGAGAAGCCUUUCUCCGCUUACGACGAGCGCCUGAGUCAAGAAGGAAGAUGAACCUCACUGCUGCUUCUUCUUCUUCUUCAAUAAAAUCAUCAACUCAACUGACGC